AAAUAAAAUUCUGAUGAUUUUAAAGUUUGGCUCAACACUGAAAAGUUAGAACGGUUGAUGGAAUAUAUUCGGCAGUUUGGUUUGGGCCGCAGCGUUGGCGUUGAACACUAGAAAGCCCAAGAUUGCAAGUGAAACAAAAUGAAGUGGGAUCCAUCAGCGUCACAAGAACAUUAGCACAUGAACGUGCGAUGCUGAUUCUUGUAUCAGAAAUCCUAUUGUCACGGUGAGAGAGAGAGAGAGAAAAAGAGAAAGAGGGGCGAAGAGAAUUGCGUGCGUGUGUCUGAAUUCUGAAAAAUUGGACCAUGUCUGCAACUAUAGUAGGCUCUAUUUCAACAACACCAGCGUUGACCCCUUUGUCUUCCACACGUAGAAUCGCAUUUGCCUCCACAAGCUUCCCCGCUACUCCUCUCUCCUCCAAUCUUCUCCUCUUCAAGCUCCCUCACUCUAAGCGAACCUCAACCUUCCAUGGCUUCAAGCGCUUUUCCCCCGUCAUGGAGUGGCAGGAUUGCACGGUUAAGAUGGAGAUUGAUGUGCCCGUCUCUGUAGCCUAUGCUUGUUAUUCUGAUCGCGAAGCCAUCCCAAAAUGGAUGCCCUUUAUUUCCUCUGUUAAGAUAUUGCCGGACAAACCUGACCUGUCGCGAUGGGCCUUGAAGUAUAAGGCAUUUGGUCGUGAUAUUGAAUUCUCGUGGCUUGCUCGUAAUAUGCAGCCCAUUCCAAAUCAGAAAAUCCACUGGCGAUCUAUGGAAGGUCUUCCAAAUAGAGGUGCUGUGCGAUUCUAUCCAAAAGGUCCUUCAUCGUGUGUAGUAGAACUGACAGUCUCAUAUGAGGUUCCCCAAAUUUUAGCUCCAGUGGCAUCGGCACUGCAACCUUUCCUUGAAGGUUUACUACGACGUGGUUUGGAAAGAUUUGCUACAUUCGCCAAAAGCUACUAAAUCUGAAAUUUUAUUAUGACCGUCCUGAUUUUUAUAGCAGGACUACAAUUCUAAAAGUGAACAUACCUGAUUUUGGUCUACACAUUGAUUGAAAUGUUAUUAUCAUGCCAAUUUUUGUUGCAUGAAUGGUUACCCCAUUUUUAAGUGUUAAUUAUGUAUAAAUAACGCUGAUGGAAAUCAUGGUCUGAAAGCAAAAUAAUUCUUAAACCCGCAAGGCCAACUUU